CCCCACCCCCACCCAAGUCAGUUUGGAUACCUUAAUUACUAAGGGUACCCCAUAAAAUGGAGAAGAGUAACGGCCAGAGCUACAAGCAGCAACCUGGGGGUUGUCCUAUACCAACAUCAUCAUCUUCUUCCUUUAUAACCGAUCUCUUUGGUCCUCUAAACGACCACUCAAAUCUUCCUCCGACUACGGGACAAUGGAUGGGCCGUAAUGGAGUUGUACCAUUUUCAAGAAUGCAUAACUCAGGCGGUCGUCAAAACCCUGAAUCUUCAGAGGAUGAGCAUAGACAAUUUGAGGACAAGAGUUAUGUUUACUAUAGUGAUGAGCUAACAUCACCAUACUAUUCCAGCUCAUCACUAUACUAUGGAGGCCAAGAUAUUUCUUUCCCAUCCACUAACAUCACCAAUCCUCACUGUUCGGUUACUAUAAGCUCACUGGAGCAGUUCAAUAAAGAUGGGGGGAAAGAUGAUAAAAAUGGGGUGUUUAACCCAAAUCUUGCAAAUAGAGGAGAUUGGUGGCUAGGAUCAUUGUACUACUGAUGCCACCAGCUGGCGUUUGGAUGAAUUUGGAAAGAGAGUGUACCAAAAAAAUAAACAGUACUCUGAAUUUGGUGUCACAUGUGUAUAUAGAACAAUAUCUUAAGUUUUCAUUCUGUAAGCUGGCAUGCAUACCGGAUUAACUGUUUGGAAUGUCAUGAUAAAAUUGAUUUGGUUAUUUCAUGUGAUAUGUACUGUGGAUGCGUUUUAUUCUAUUAUCAAGAAAGAACUCCACAUUCGGUUGUAUCAUGUGACAUAUGUAGUUAUGCAUGUAUUUGAUUAUCUGUC